AUGCCAGAUUCUAGGAGGAAACGGUACUCGAUCAACUUUUCGGCUCCGGCCUCGCCCGUUUCGCCCUCUGUGGGUCGAUUUCCGCCUGAGAGUGGAAUGGAAUCAAGCAACGCCAGACCAUUGGCGUCAAGAACACAGUCAGCUCGCCCUUCGUCAGUAUAUGGGGUGAUUGGGAGUCGGGCGGAACCAGCGAGAAACUUAUCUGGUAAAUCUUUUUACCGAAUUCCCAACGACGACCAACGAAACGUUUCUUUAGAUUCGCUAUCUGACUCGUCGUCAAUCAAGCUAUUAUUAAUUGGUGAUGCCGCCGUGGGUAAGACAGCCAUGAUAUUGAGCUACUGUAAUGAGCUUCCAACGCGCUCUCAGGCUACUCUGGUGAACAAGGGCAACGCAAGAAUACCUUCGUUGGAGUCCAGUCGGAAAAAACGUUUACAAAAUCUCAAAACCAUUGAUAAGCGCAAAAGAUAUAGUCUCAACGACUAUGAGGAGCUUUUCCAUCAUCAACGCAAUGAAAACACUGCGUCUGCGAGAACAGAGGGGGCGGAGCAGCAAGAAGACCCCAAUGAGAUCAUCAUUGACACAAGAAGCACCAUAGGUGUGGAUAUACGGACAAACUUGGUUAAUAUCGACAACCGAUAUUUCAAAGUCACCAUGUGGGAUACUGCUGGUCAGGAACGUUAUAGAAAUGCUAUGAUUCCCUCAUUGUAUAAAGGUUCGAAUGGUGUCUUGUUGAGUUACGACAUCUGCAACAAGAAGAGCUUCCAAAACUGUCUUGACUACUGGUUAGAGGAAGUCUUGAACUGCUGUAGUCCUCAUGACGAUCAUUUGCGGAUUUAUCUGGUCGGGAACAAAAUUGACUUGUUCAAAGUAAGGCAGGUGACACAUGAAGACGUGUUGCAACUCAUUCAACAAGCCUAUGAAAAGUUUGGAGUCACGAUUGCCGGUAAUUUUGAAGUGAGUUGCAAGUGGCAUCAGGUCGUAGAAAGGUCAUUCAAUAUUAUCAUUAAAGAUUUGGUCGAACAUGGCUGUUACGAAAAUGAUCUGGGCGACAAACCGGACACUUCACAUCAGGUCGAUAGCCAGCCAAAGGAACCCGCGUACCCAGCAACGGAAGAAGAGCCUCGUUCCGUGGAAGUAUACCGAAGGGGUUCGACAGUUGUGCGGCGUAGGCCCAAAGAUAGCCCCAAGACUGUCGACAUUUCAAAACCAUUGGGGGCGGACGAAAAUCAAAGCAGAAACUCCUGCUGUGUGUAA